CUUUGCAUCCACACAUGCUGCAGAGCGUCACCGCAGCCAAUGUCUGAUUCCCUUUAUACGAUGCCGACUGCGUCGGUGGUUGGAGCACAGCAACAAAACCUCUUGCAACAGCAGCAGCAAAUAGGCGCCAGAGCUUCACCUCAACUCUUACCUGUCAACCCUAUCAUGUCUCCAAACCCGCCGCUCAUGUCGCAGGCCACGCCGCUAAUACCUCAAGGAACUGCGUCUCCGCAACUGAAUGCGUCAGCAACGUUAGUAGGUCGACCUGGAUUUAUUCAGAAUGUCGCAAACCGGGGACGAGGAAGAGGCCGAGGUCGUGGUGCUGUAAUACAACAGCAAGCUGGUAUGAUGGGGUCCUUACCCGGUGGGGUUGUCGGGCAGCUAGGGUUUGCUGCUGGCCAAAUGGCUUUACAGGGCUUCCCACAAAAUGCUCUUCCUGGAAUGACAAUUCCAGGACAGUUUUCACCUCGAACGGUACCUGCCGCAAGCUUGCCACAACAACAACAACAACAGCUCCUUACACAACAACAGCAACAGCUACAGCAGCUGCGACAAUUUGCUAUCCGUAACCAUCUCCUUCAGCAGCAGGCGGCGCUUCCGAGCCCCCCAAUCCAACAUCCACCAGCGCAAGCCACGAACGCGAUGAACCCACAAAUGCAGCAGAGACCUCAACAGCAAAUACAGCGCCCUCAAAAUAUUCAAGGGACCGGUUCUGUUCCUCUGCCUGCCUUAAGUGCCGCUGGGGUAGCUGCAGGUGCGAUGCCUGGUGCUCCUCGGCCAAACAGUGCACCCACCGCUGCAACACCGACUACAGGCGGAGCAAAUAUUAUACCAAAUCAGAUGCCAAAUAUAUCAGCACAGGAAAAACAAAUUAUAUCAAGGUUCCAUCAAUUCAGAAAAGCAUCUGUCGACUUGAAACAGGCCGCGGAUCAAGCCACGACGGAAGACGAGAAACGAAGACUCACCGAACAAUGCAGACAGGCACAGCAACAAGCACAGGCCGUCUGGCAGCACAUGACGGCGCCUAUGAGAAACUGGUAUGGGGCAAUGACGCGCCGGCAGGAGCUCCAGCGGCAGCAGCUUCUAAGGGCUCAAGCGAGCGGGCCACGUCCUCAACAGCCACUUCCUGGGUCAGCAGUAGCCCAAAACAUAUCAGCCCUACGACCACAGCCACCACAAGCACAACCAGUCUCUCAACAGCGACCCAUGCAGCCAAUACCCCAACCCCAUGCACCCACACAUCCACAAUUGCAACAACAGCAACAGCAACAACAAGCACAACGGCCGACAGCUGUCCAACGGCCCCUGGCGGUUCAGGUCUCGACAGCCCCACUAGUUUCGGCACAGGCAGGUCAACCCGCAAUUAGCAUUGCGUCCUCACAAGUUCAGCCAGCGAACGCGCAAUUAGUAGGAAAAUCCCCUACGGUAGGGGGUCCAGCGGCAAUGAGUCCUCAACAGCAAGCACCAGCACCACCAAUAUUUGUAGCACCGGCGCCAGGAACCGGAUCCGCUUUUAUCCCUCGUAAGGCAACACCACCUCCCAUCGGGGAAGAGCUACCUCAAGAAAACCCGGACGUAGGGACCAGUAGUCCCAUGUUGACACUGGAUUCGGUGCUUGGGAAGAGAAAACUGAGCGAGCUUGUCGAGCAGAUUGAUCCCAGUGAAAGGCUGGAACCUGAAACUGAGGAGUUUCUCCUGCAUCUUGCCGAUGAUUUUAUUUUGGAAGUCACCAAGAGGGCAUGUAAAGCCGCCAAACACCGGGGCGCCACUGCGCUUGGCAUCAAGGAUUUGCAGCUAGAACUCGAGCGUAAUUGGAAUCUCAGAAUACCCGGAUUUGCAAAUGAAGUUCGACCAAACCGUCGUCCGGUCGUCAAUAAUGCGCACCUAUCUCGCUUAACGUUGCUGCAUAAACAAAGACAUUUAGACAAUAUUAAACGACGUGCACUCGAGCAGAAGCAGAGCAGUGCCAAUGUGGGCACUCAGAAAUUAGAAGGGAGGGCGAGUAAUGAAGCAACUAUUGUCGAUCUCACCGCAGCUAACGCAGACAGUAAGCCUGUGAACGGGUCGGGACCAGUAUCUCAACCGCCGCUACCGUCAUCAGCACCAAACGCUUCAUCCGUGAAUGGCAUAACCAGCCCUUCCACAAUUCCGAUAGUAGGCAGCGCUUGAGAUACAUUGUGAAACUUCGUAUAUAUACAAUUAUAUUAUACCACGCGGAGUGGACAUCCCACUAAGCUGAUAAGCAA